AUGUCGGACCCCAAAGACGAGCUGGUGUCGCCCGUUGAGGCGCCUUCGGUUGAUACGUCGCCUGAUGGCUCCGACCACGAGACGGACACCUUUGAAGACGCCCAGGAUACGUCUUCUGUCCGUUCCCUAACCAACCGCAAAACGUCUCUUUCCACGUCACGACUCGCAAAGUCGUCCACGUCCCCAGGCGCGGAUCCUGCCAAGUCAGAGCUCGAGAAGGCCUUCCAAAAGAUCCGCGGCCGCCAGAACCCACCUCCCGGCGAAGACGACAACAACGCAGCGGACGACAAAGAGCGUGGUGUUGCAAAGGCUAGUGAGAACGCGGUCGUCGAGGCUGAAGAAGACACUGCUCCUUCGCCACCUUCAGCCGUCGCACCUGCUGCUGACAGCGUAACAAACGGCCUGGCCAACGGAAAUCGACGAAAGUCAUCGCCCCUCCCCGAUCUUGACGCCGACAACUCUGCAGAGCUUGAUAACGUCAAUCUUGACGACGACCACACUGCCGCCAAAUCCCCUCCCGCUGUGCCCGAAAAGGACCUCUCUUCAAAGACGCUGUCUCUUAGCAGCUUCACAAGCGUCAUUCCCUCCAUCCCGUGGUCUCCAUCCAAUUCCAGCGAGACAGCCUCCAAACCGCCACCAAUCUCUCCCUCCAUCCCCCCGGUCGGCGCCCCGCCCCCAGCCGCGACCCGGAAACUGACCAGUCCUUUUUCGUGGCUGUCGCGAAACACCAACAAGGACGCAGCCGUUAUUUCGCCGCCUCUCUCCCAAGUGUCGCCGCCCACUGUGUCCCCGCGGAGGAAUACGGCUAGCUCUGUCGCCACCCUUACGAGCAAUCCUGAAAUGAUGCUCAGCAAGCUGGAGGAGGAGUCCGAUCCCCGCCGGGGGUCAGGACGCAGCAGUUUAAAAGAUCGGUUCAAGAUGAUCCGGCAAAGAGAAGAAGCGGGCGCCGGUGGUGCUGGAACAUCUUCUGAAGAGGAACGGACCGCAAACACGGCUACUGCAGAAGGUGCCGGCUCGCCAAAACUGGGCACUGUCGGCCUCGGCAUUCCCGUGUCGUCAUCUGGCGAUGAGCACGUUCCCGCAUCGCCCAUGCCAGCCAGCCCCAAUCCGAGCCUUGCUCCAGGGACGGUGUCUGGCGCAACGGCCGGCCCGUCGAGCAACGGCGACGCUGCUGUGGACUGGGAUCUGUGGCAAGCCGUCAUCUACGAAGGCCCUGCCGCGGUCGCACGCUCAAGUGCAGAAGAGCUCAACAAGGCCAUUGCCACCGGCAUCCCAAGCGCGAUCCGUGGUGUCAUUUGGCAGGUUCUUGCCCAGAGCAAGAACGGCGAGCUUGAGGCUGUCUACCAGGACAUGCUUGCGCGUGGCACUGAGCGUGAGAGGGAGCGCCAGAACAGCGCACCUGCACCAGCAAAGGACACCACGUCGUCUGCUGCAUCGUCGAUUCACUCCGGCGACUCCGUGUCGGCCACGAGCGCCAGCAACGGCGCCGCCAGUGGUAGCGCGACUACGGCAUCUAUUGUGGCGGAGAAGGAGAGCGCCAGCGUCGUGGCCCAACGUAAGAAGAAGGAGAAGGACGACGCGGCGGCUCUGCAGAAGCUCGAAAAGGCGAUUCGCCGGGACCUUGGUGCACGCACGAGCUACUCCAAGUUUGCCACGGCCCAGGGGCUCCAGGAAGGGCUCUUUGGCGUUUGCAAGGCCUAUGCUCUGUUCGACGAGGCAGUGGGCUACGCCCAAGGCAUGAACUUCCUCAUCAUGCCCAUCCUCUUCAACAUGCCCGAGGAGGAGGCGUUCUGCCUGCUGGUCCGCCUCAUGAACCAGUACCACCUGCGCGACCUGUUCAUCCAGGACAUGCCAGGCCUCCACAUGCACCUCUACCUCUUUGACCGCCUCUUGGAAGACCUGGAGCCGGCGCUGUACUGCCAUCUGCACCGGCGAAGCAUCUCUCCGCACCUGUACGCCACCCAGUGGUUCCUGACGCUCUUUGCCUAUCGCUUCCCUCUGCAGCUGGUUCUCCGCAUCUACGACCUGAUUUUGUCCGAGGGCCUCUCUGCCAUCCUCAAGUUUGGCAUCGUCCUGAUGCAGAAGAACGCGACAACCCUCUUGGGCAUGUCGGACAUGUCGCAGUUGACGACGUUCCUCAAGGACCGGCUCUUUGACGUGUACAUUGAUGCGAGCCCCAGCGCCGGCAGCAUCCUCGAGAACGGCUUCUUCGGCAGCUCCUCGUCCAGCCUCGACAAGGAGGUGUACCGGGCGGACCAGUUUGUGCGCGAUGCGUGCGAGGUCAAGCUCACCCCGGAGCUGAUCAAGACGUAUACGGCCGAGUGGGAGGAGAAGACGCGCGCCGAGAAGGAGCGCGAGGCCGAGCUCGAGAACCUGCGCACGUCCAAUGCCAGUCUGACUGUCAAAGUGCGCCGGCUGGAGGAACGCAUCCAGACGGUCGAUCACGAGCAGGCGGCGCUGGCGACGGAGCUCGUGCACACCAAAGUGGAGAACGAAGAGCUGCGGGACGAAAACGAGAGCCUCAAGGGCCAGGUGCGCGAGCUCAAGGUGGUGAUUGAGCAGCAGCCCGACGAGCUCGAGCAGGCAUGGAAGGCCGAGCGCGACGAUCUCAUGAACCGCAACGCCAAGGUGCACGAAGAGAACCAGCGCGUCGAGAAGGAGAUGGCCGAGCUGGAGGAGCAGCUGGUGCAGACGAAGAUGCAGUACGCCGAGGUCAACGCGCAGCAUGAGACGCUGUUGCGGAAGUGGUCAGAUCUGAAGCGGCAGUUUGCGUAA